AUGUCCCUCCCCGACAGCCCUAUUGUUAUCGGCUUGACUACCGUCGCAGCUCUUAUCGUCGCUACUUCUCUCACAAUGGGGUUCUUCGCGAAGAACCAGAUGCCAGUUGCUGGACGCAACAUCAUAGUUACUGGAGCAUCCCAGGGCAUGGGAAAGGCGGUAGCCAUUCUGCUAGCUUCAUUGGGGGCUAAUGUUGCGAUUGUGGCUCGUGAUCUCACGAAGCUUGCAGCAGCAGCAGCAGAGAUCCAAGCCGUCAUGGAUGCCAAUGCAUCAAAAUACCCAGACCAAAAGCUAGCAGUCAUCUCCGCCGACCUCUCCGAGGUGGAGGGUGCGCAAAGGGCAGUUGCUGAAGCGGAGGCACAGAUCGGUGAAACCGAGAUCUUAUGGUGCUGUGCCGGUGGCGCAAACCCUGGCUUCUUCAGAGAUUAUAAGCCUGCGGACCUCGAGUGGUCCAUGAAGACCAAUUACUGGUCGGCUGUCUACAUUGCUCACAAUGUUAUCCAACUAAUGACAUCUCGCCCACCACCGACCCAGAAAUACCCUACAAAUGGAAACCAUCAAAGAAAGAUAAUUUUCACGUCAUCUCUAGUAGCUUUCUGCCCACUCGUCGGAUAUAGCUCAUACAGUGGUCCGAAGGCCGCUCUGCGUGCUUUGACAGAUACUCUUCGCCAAGAAUGCCUUCUUUACGAUAUCGACGUUCACUGCUGUUGUCCCGGUUCAAUCUUGUCACCGGGCCUAGACAACGAGAACCUGACUAAGCCGGAUAUGUUAAAGGAAAUCGAGGCGGAGGAUGAUACGCCCCAGACACCAGAGGAUGUGGCCAAAUACUGCUUAGAAGAGCUACAAAGAGGUCAGACGCUACCGGUUUCGUCAUUCCUGGCUAGAGCAGCAAGGUCGGCAAUGGUUGGUCCGACACCAAGAGUGGGCUUUCUGUUUGAAACUUUGUUGAGCUGGGCUUGUGCUAUUGUGUAUAUCUUUGUAAGGAGGGGGCAUGAUGGGAUCGUUUUGCGGGAGAGGAAGGCCAAGGGACUACCAUGGGAGAACAGGCAGGUGUAA